GUAGCGCGCACCUCCGGCGACUAAGGUCCCUUCUCCAUUCACGAGGCAGCUUCGGUUCCACACCUGUACUCUCGCUCACUUCGUCUCCUUACCAACGCACAGCAAUGGUUUCCCGUAGUUCCGCAAGCCUCCUGAUGGUGGCGCUGGUGGCCAUGGUGGCUGUGACACGAGUGUCAGCCAAGGCUCUUCCUGAGCAGGAUGUCCAGGCUUACCCUCAGCCUCAGCAUGUGUUGGAUCCUUUCGGGAACCAUCUGGUGGACGACGACGGCUCCCUGGACACCGCCCUCAUCAACUACCUAUUCGCCAAGCAGAUGGUGGAGCGCCUCAGAAACAACGUCGACGUGCGGGACCUGCAGAGGAAGCGCUCUUACUGGAAGCAGUGCGCCUUCAACGCCGUCAGCUGCUUCGGCAAGAGGAAGUGAAGCAAUUCCCUAUAAAAACAGAAACCUAGGACGGGGAAGGAGUGGGAGACGCAAUGCAGAAAAGGUGCAGCUGUCAUCACCGAAGAAAGUACAUGGGUGGUGGAAUUCAUUUUCUGACAUCAGAGCACCUCUAAGAAUUUUAAUAUUUCUAAGGCUAUGAUAUACAUGUAUGUGUCUGCAAUUCUUAAAAGACUGUAUAGGAGCGUAAUGAUUUCAUCAUAAUAUUCCUUUCAAGCAGCCUUUGUUUGAAUUAAUUGCACAUUCCACUGUGAGAAAGUCUGCUCAUUAUGUUCACUUAGAAGAUAUGUUACAAUGAUCUGCGUUGUGUUAUCGGUUGGAAA